AUGGCAUCAAAUUACCCACUCGGGUACGAUAACGAAAGAUUCGAGUCGAUAGUGAACCAACAUUUCCACUGUUUGAUUUGCUAUAACGUAUUGAAAGACCCCGUGAUGUGCCGCAGAAACGAGCAUUAUUUUUCCCGCGGCUGCAUCACGGAACAUCUUCGUAGGAAUUCCCAUACAUGCCCAACGUGUGCUGACGAGCUGAGUGUCGAAACGUUGCAAGAAGUUCCAAGAAUUGUGAAGAAUUACUUAAACGAACUAAGUAUAAGUUGCGAUCAUUACGACAGAGGAUGUCGAGAACUCGUACAGCUGCAGAAUUUAAAGCGACAUGUCGCCGAAUGCGGGUUUACUCCAGUCGUUUGUGGAAAUCAAGGUUGUG